CCACAGCGAAUAAAUGAGCAAACAGCUGAGCCUGAGAGAUUUGGACUGACUGGCUGACUGAAACAAAUCACACAAGAUGCCCGAGCCAGCGAAAUCCGCCCCUGCCCCCAAAAAGGGCUCGAAAAAGGCAGUGACCAAGACGCAGAAGAAGGGGGAUAAGAAAAGGCGCAAGACCAGGAAAGAAAGUUACGCCAUUUAUGUGUACAAAGUGUUGAAACAGGUCCACCCGGACACGGGCAUCUCCUCUAAGGCAAUGGGCAUUAUGAAUUCGUUUGUGAAUGACAUCUUCGAGCGCAUUGCUGGAGAAGCCUCUCGCCUUGCCCACUACAACAAGCGCUCCACCAUCACCUCCCGAGAGAUUCAGACGGCUGUGCGCCUGCUUUUGCCGGGAGAGCUCGCCAAGCACGCCGUUUCGGAAGGCACCAAGGCUGUGACGAAGUACACGAGCUCCAAGUGAAUGAAAGGGCGAGCACGAGACAUGAUGGAUGAACGUGGACGGAAGAGCUCUGCCACUGUUUCUGUGGAGGGAGGAGACUGACGGGGGGUGAUCUACUGGUGGUGGUGGCUCGGUAUCGCAUGUUGG